AUGUACACCAACGAACAGCUUCUCAGUGCUAAUUUCGACUCUGAUGCCUAUCUCAAACAUACGUUGCAUGUAUCUAACAUUUCAGCUGAGCAGGCGCGCCUAACGGUUUGCCUCAAUGAAGUUAAGGAUAACAUUCACAGUAUUUUAUCAGAGCACUCAGAGGGAAUGAUUAAUCAGCUCAAGGCCACUUAUAAGGUGCAACAUGAUGUCACAAUUGCACGUCAAUCCACCGACUCAAUCGUUAAAGCCACUAGUCGUCUUAAACUAAUGAUUGAGGAUCCAUAUUUGGCGAUACGAGAUAAGAUCCAGGAGUUGGACACUACUAAAAAUGCCCUAGAUGCAUUACGACAGGUGCAGCGCUUUUUAUCUUUAUCCGCCAGGCUUCAGGAACACAAAUUUGCAACCGACGCCGACCUCAUCCGUACCGCACGUAUCCUUUCUGAAAUGGAGAAUCUCUCCAUGCAUUCUGUUGUAAGAGGCAUCGACAUAGUGGAGCCGUGUAUAAGCUUGAUGGAACGCACUUCGACAGCACUUCGAAACAAAAUUCAUGAGUUGUUGUCUAUGCCUGAUAUUUUUUCCUCUGCAGUGGGGGAGGGUUAUUCAAAGGUUUCCGGGAGAAAUGGCGAAGUGUUGCUUUUCUGUCUCAACAAGGUUAUGAUGGAUGUUGGUACAGCUCUUCAAUGCGGCUUUACCUUGGGUAUGCUUUCACGCGUCGUGCAUAACUUUAUGAUCGAACACAAGCGGGAAGUCAUCAAAACUAUCGUGCGGGAGCUUGAUCUCCAGUCGAUCGCAGGUGCCCUCGGAGGCCUAGCGACUUCUAAGGUCAAUGCAGCUGGUGUUCCCGGCGAUAUCACGAAGGAGGUUUCUGACACACAAGGUGGAACACUCAUGGACUAUAUUCAAUCAGUCCUCUAUGUGGUGGUGCAGCACACACAGUGCAUUUUAGUAUUGUGGCAGGUGUUACUCCGCAAGCAGGACUCCGUGACGCAUGCUAGCUUCAUAGCGAUGCUGGACACCCCUGUACAGCUGCUGAUGGAUUACUGGAAUACAGUCAUGGACAAACUUCGUGAGCGGCUUGUUGCCCUACAAAAGCAGACCAAUAUGCAAGCUAUCCUGGUCACUUGCUAUCCACGCCUACAUAUGCUUCUGGAGAGCUUUGUGUGUAGCAGCGAGAGUUUUGUAGAGGGCGGUGUACAGCAGUCCGAUACUUCAUCCCUCCCCUUGCACUACGUCCGACAAUGGGGUAUGGGUGACUAUCUUGAUUUCGUUCAGCAUGUUGAGUUAGAGGUGAGUAAAUUAGAAGGAAAUACCACCCAUGCCAAAAAUGAUAAUAGUAAUAGUAGCAGCAUGAAUAUCAAGAGAAUAAGACAGGUCUGGCUUCUGGAGAUUGUCAAAGGGUUACAGCCGAGAUUCGCAGCGCAGAUGAUCAACCGGCACCGCAAUCAGCUUUUACCUUCCCUUGCCAUGUUGUCAACCAUUACCCCAUCAUCGAUGGCUACAGGCAAUCAACCCAUUUCGGUACCUGCUAACGUUACUGGUACUUCAGGCAGGCACCGCGCGCCGACCACACCGCUGCCACAGACCAAUACAAUAGAGCUUAGUGCCUAUACACAUGCUGUCGUUCAAGAGUGCUAUACCUAUCGGCAAGACCCACAUACUCUGCUUCUUUCUGUUGAGUGUGUUCUCAAGUGUCUGGCACAGCUUUAUGAAAAGUUCAAGGAAAGCGCAGUGCGUUUUCCGUUGCCUCCCCUCCCUGCGGUAACAUCUGUUGUCACACGGGCACAAUUGAUGCACAUAUCUAUUGCGAACGCCUGCACAACACUUGUGAAUGACUUUGCAAAUCUAAUCACUUUGCUUCCUGAUGACAUCGAUACACCAGGUGCUGAGAAGCCGAAUAACCCAAAUGACAAAAGCAGUAGUGAAGAUCUGGGGAUGGUAGUGGGUGACUGGCCGCAGACUCUGAGGAUGUUGUGCCUCAAGCGGCGGGAACUACACGAUCAAAUCCAGGCCUUCCGAGUUCUAAGUGAAGAAAGUUCGUGUCCGUUUCUAGACUCCAUGAAUGUUGUUCUUCUUUCUUCUGUUUCUCUUUGUGUCGAAGGCUACCUAUCGGAUUUCCAUUCCCAUGGUAGUAGCGGUUCCGGUAAUGUAUCACAGAGUGACCGGAAAAUUUCAGCAAUCCUUGAGCUACAAAAACUAGUGGAUGUUUUUAUAAUCCAUUUUUAUCACCGUUUUGACCCGCGUACAUCGAACUUGGGAGAUAGGGUUCGACAGCUUAUUGACUCACAAUUGUCUCGUCUCUUGGUUAGUGUGGCUGUUAUGACUAGGCGGAGCAAUGCGCUAAAUAGUACAAAUUGGUGCCGUUGCAUGCUCCAAUGCGUUUCACAGGUGGAGCCUAUCUUACUUUCGAUCGCAUCAAGUCAGCAAGAUGGACAAGGCCGCAGUACAUUACUUCUUAGAGGUGCUGUGCACCGGCUAAUGCAGUUCUACAACGCAUGGUCUGCUUCUCUGCAGACGGUGCAGCAGCUCGAUCAGGCUGUGGAACAGAUAAAAUCCAUCUUGAAGCCUCUGUAUCCUCUUGCUUCCCGUUUGCUUUUACUCCAGCGUCUGAGCUUCGCAGUGGCCCCAGCAAUAUAUAUGGAACAACAAGGAAGUGUGUUAAGCGUCACGGCCACCCUAGGAUGGAGCCCUGAUGAGUUAGCGGUAUGUGUGGAAUCAGGAUUGCGCUAUCACUGUGAUGCAUCGUUAAGAGCGCUUACAGAAUGCGAAGUGGCACAGUUGGCGAAGGUUGAGAAGGCGGUGCAGACCUGUUUUGACGCGUCCAUGAAGAACAUCCAGAACCAGGAUGAGGCGGAUGUUCUGUCAUAUGCUUGGCAACAGUUGUGA